GUCUCCGGACCAUCCUGACCGCAGCAUGGAGACCCCGUUCGCCAACUCCCCACCGGAGGGGGAUAGCUCGGAGCCGGCCGGACGCCGAGAGCUCCCUGCGGAGGAGCGCUGCCCGGAGCCGGACCCGCCCUCCUCAUCCCCGGGGCCUCCCUGCUCAGAGCCGGAGCGUGGAGGGGAGAGUGGCGGCGAUGGCGAGCCCGGGGAUGCGGCGCAGGGCGAGGGAGCGGAGGAAGAGGAGGAGGAGGGGGAGCCGGAACCCGGGGAGGGGGAGAGGCCGGGCUCCCCCGGCAGCAGCAGCAGCACCAGCCCCGGCGGCCGGCCCUUCACCUGCCCGCUGUGCCAGCAGUCGUUCCUGCGGCUCUCCUGGUUCCUGGUGCACGAGCGCCUCCACCUGGACGGCCGGCUGCACUGCUGCCCGGUCUGCAGCAAGUCGUUCGGCCAGGCCUCGGACCUGCGGGCGCACUGCCGCGGGCACGCCCGCCCGCCCCGGGCCCACCAGCGGGUGCACGCCCGGGCCCAAGCCGAGCCGCGCCGCACCCGCUCCUCCUCCAAGGCGUCCUCGGAGGAGAAGCAGCAGGAACCGGCAGAGGCCCCCUCCCGGCAGCGGCGGCGGCGUCCCUCCCCCCCGCACCGCUGCCAGGCGUGCGGCGAAGCCUUCAGCACCGCCUCCAAGCUGCUGCUGCACCAGAGCAGCCACGCCGGCGAGCGGCCCUUCCUGUGCGACGUCUGCCGGGCCGGCUUCUCGCGGCCGGCCGAGCUGGCCGUGCACCGCCGCAGCCACGCCGGCGACCGGCCUUACCAGUGCGAGGUCUGCCACCGCCGCUUCGCCUACGACUCCUCGCUGGCCAUGCACCGGCGCGCCCACGCCGGCGAGCGGCCCUACCGCUGCGGCGCCUGCGGCAAAUCCUUCGCCACCUCCUCCAAGCUGCUGAAGCACCGGCGGGUCCACUCCGAGGAGGAGAAGGAGGUGCAGCAGCCGCCCGCCCAGCAGCAGCAGCAGCCCCAGCCCGCUCCCGGCGCCGGGCCCAAGCCCUUCCGCUGCCAGACCUGCGGCCGCGCCUUCAGCCAGUCCUCGGACGUGCUGAAGCACCAGCGCACCCACACCGGCGAGAAGCCUUUCCAGUGCGAGCUGUGCGAGCGCUCCUUCACCCAGCUCUCCACCCUGCUCAACCACCAGCGCAUCCACCUGGGCGAGAAGCCGCACCGCUGCGAGGCGUGCGGCCGCGCCUUCACCCAGCUCUCCACCCUGCUCAACCACCAGCGCACCCACACCGGCGAGAAGCCCUACCGCUGCGAGACCUGCCACAAGGCCUUUGCCCAGUCCUCCAGCCUGCUCAACCACCGGCGCAUCCACACUGGCGAGAAGCCCUUCCAGUGCGCGCUCUGCUCCAAGUCCUACUCCACCUCCUCCUCGCUGUCCGUGCACCAGCGCUCGCACGUCUGACGGCCGCUCCCCGUGUGUGCUCAGCGAGCGUGGGGCUAGGGGGGGUGGGUGGGGAUGGUGCUGGGACCCCGCUCCCCUCACCCCC